GAGUGCGGGGCCCGGCCGCGGUCCGGACUACAAGUUCCAGGGUGCCCAGCGGCGCGUCGGGGUGUCGGGCCGCGCGGCCCGCCGGCUCCUAGCAGGUCGCCGGGAACGGGCACGACACCACCUGGUGCCGGAGCCGGGAAGGAGCGCGUGUCCCGGGCCCGCACGCACAGUCCAAGUGGGCGGGGAGCCGCCCCGGGCCGCCGCUCAUGUCUCUGCAGAGCCGCGUGUCCGGCCGCCUGGCACAGCUGCGCGCCGCGGGGCAGCUGCUCGGCACCCCGCGCCCCCCGGCCGGCCCCUCGGCGGGCGCCCCGCUCCCCCGCGCCCGCGCCCGCGCCCCCGGCCCCCGCGCGCGCCCCCCGGCGGGACUCGGGGCUCGGGGGGUGGCGGCGGUGGGACAGAGCGCCGGGGUGCGCACCUGGGGUCCCCUGGCCAUGGCGGCGAAGGUGGACCUGACCACCUCCACCGACUGGAAGGAGGCGAAAUCGUUCCUGAAGGGCCUGAGCGACAAGCAGCGGGAGGAGCACUACUUCUGCCAGGACUUCAUCCGGCUGAAGAAGAUCCCCACGUGGAAGGAGGCAGCGAAAGGGACUGUGAAGGUGGAGGAGCCCAAGUACAAGAAGGACAAGCAGCUGAACGACAAGAUCUCCCUGUUCCGCGGGGACAUCACCAAGCUGGAGGUGGACGCCAUCGUGAAUGCCGCCAACAGUUCUCUGCUCGGAGGCGGCGGUGUGGACGGCUGCAUCCACCGGGCCGCGGGACCCCUGCUCACUGAGGAAUGCCGGACCCUGCAGAGCUGCGAGACUGGCGAGGCCAAGAUCACCUGCGGCUACCGGCUGCCUGCCAAGUAUGUCAUCCACACGGUGGGGCCCAUCGCCCACGGCGCGCCCAGCGACAGCCAGGCCGCCGAGCUCCGCAGCUGCUACCUGAGGAGCCUGGACCUGCUGUUGGAGCACCGGCUCCGCUCCGCGGCGUUCCCCUGCAUCUCCACCGGCGUGUUCGGAUACCCGAAUGAGGAGGCAGCCGACGUCGUACUGAGUACACUGCGCGAGUGGCUGGAGCAGCACAAGGACAAGGUGGACCGGCUGAUCAUCUGCGUGUUUCUGGAGAAGGACCAGAGCAUCUACCAGCAGAAGCUCCCGCACUACUUCCCUGUGGCCUGAGGUACCGCCACCCACCCUGGCCAGGACUGGGUCGGGGAUGCCCACGGCUGCCGCCCUCCUGCUCUGACCGCUCCCUUCUGCCCUCAGACUCCCCUGAGCCUGCCGGACCUCGCUCCCAGCUCUGAGGAGGCCAGAGCCAGCGCCGGGCCUGGGCCUGCCGCCCAGGGCUCUCGUGCACCCCAGCCCUCAGGAGCCCCCAAUAAAGAUCACUUGUUCCAGCAAUGCCGUGAGCACUGCGCGGCCACAGCCCCCGGCGGGCGGGGGAGCGGUGAGGCACGGGCACACGGCAGAGGUGGGCAGCACAUCACGUUUAUUGAGGCCUGCCCCCAAGGAGCUCACAGCCUGGGGCCGGGACCCCACAUGUGCUGGGGGGAGGGAGAAGAGGUGAAGGCAAUGCAGAGCCUGUGGCCAAGCAGAGGGGGUGCAAAGCAGGCACAGGCAGAGGGUGGGGUGGGGUGGGAGUAUGGGGGCUGGCACACCCUGCCCAGACCCAGGGGGUCGACCAUGCACCCCACCAGGCCGGCAUCCCCUGGGGGUACAUCCUCCUCCACCUGCCCUGAGCCAGCUCCCCCAGCACCAGGCCACCCUCUCCACCCAGGCCUCCUCCACCAUGCAGACCCCGGGGGUGGGCAGGAAGCAGGGGUGGAGGGGGGCCUUUGAGGGGCAGUUUGAAAACUGGGGAGUCCUGGGUCCCUGGGCAAGUCCUCCAGAAACACCCCAAACCUAUCGGAAGCCCCAUGGGCCAGCUAAGAAGGGGGAAAGCCUGACGGGGAGAAAGCGGAGCCCCACUGAGCCAGGAAGGGUCCCCAAGAGGCCUAGCCUCCUCAAAACGGCUCCUGGUGGGGUGCGGAAGACACAAGACGCCCCGCCCUGGGCAGGGGAGGGGGCAGCCAGACAGCAGCCAGGCGGGCAGCAGGGACACACACACACGGGUCACCUCCAGCGCCCCUU